CGUUAGUUCUUCACCACCCUUCCAACUUUAUCUUUUCUCUAUAGCUCCGUCCAAACAUGACUCUCCGCAACCACCAAGAGCUCUUGGUUGCUCUUGCAAUUCUAUAUUUUCUUGCCACCUCACUCCCUUCAGUUUCAGCUCAUGGCCCAUAUGCAUGGGAUGGGGAGGCCACAUAUAAAUUCACUACUUACCACCCUGGCCAAAACUACAAAGGUUUAUCCAAUGUCAAAAACUACUUCCACCAUCUCGGCUACAUCCCCAAUGCACCACACUUCGACGACAACUUCGAUGACACCCUCGUAUCUGCCAUCAAAACCUACCAAAAGAAUUACAACCUCAACGUCACCGGCAAGUUCGACAUCAACACUCUUAAACAAAUCAUGACACCCCGGUGUGGCGUCCCCGACAUAAUAAUCAACACAAACAAAACCACAUCGUUUGGCAUGAUCUCGGACUAUACCUUCUUCAAAGACAUGCCGCGGUGGCAAGCUGGAACCACACAACUCACCUACGCUUUCUCCCCGGAGCCAAGACUUGAUGACACUUUCAAAAGCGCGAUUGCAAGGGCCUUCAGCAAGUGGACCCCAGUGGUGAACAUCGCGUUCCAGGAGACGACGUCGUAUGAAACAGCCAACAUUAAGAUUCUUUUCGCGAGUAAGAACCACGGUGAUCCGUAUCCUUUUGAUGGUCCAGGUGGGAUAUUGGGCCAUGCAUUCGCUCCCACUGAUGGGAGGUGCCACUUUGACGCCGACGAAUAUUGGGUGGCGUCUGGCGAUGUCACCAAAUCGCCGGUGACAAGUGCGUUUGACCUUGAAUCUGUGGCAGUGCACGAGAUCGGGCACUUGCUCGGAUUAGGCCACUCGUCGGACCUAAGAGCCAUCAUGUAUCCUUCUAUACCACCUCGAACUAGGAAGGUGAAUCUAGCGCAAGAUGAUAUAGACGGGAUUCGAAAGCUCUAUGGUAUCAACCCCUAAUUAUUAUAGCUAGGUGUUGUUUGUACUAGAACUAGAGUUUUAUUUCGGUAAUUUGCAUUAAAGGAUUUUGAAAGUUAUCGAGGUGAAAUUAUUCUAAUUCAAGAACAACAAAAAUAGCAUGUAAGAUAUUGUAUUUUAGUUUUCUCUUAAUUAAGAAUAAACCAGCUGAUACUAGGUGAUGCAUAUAUGAUAAUGAAUAAAUGUGACAAAUUUACCUUAAUUUAUCUAAUCUAUAUAAUGUUUUAGCAUUUA